UUUCCCAAACAAACAAAAAUGAAAGAAGAUAUAACCGAAAGAAAAAUGACUGCUAUUAUAUAAAUGAGCUACUUCCUUUGCUAUCUCCUUCUGGAUAUACUUCAUUUUGAAGAAUCUAUCCAUGUGAAGUAACAUCAUUUUCCAAAAAUGCCUUUUACAAUGAGACAAAGUGAUUGUAAAGAUGCAGUGCAUUUCCAAGAAGCAAAGGAACAUUGUGCCUCCUCAGCAUGCACCAUCUGACAAAUGCAAGUGAUUGUCUUAUCAAAUGACCAACUCUUACUGUACAUAAAAAAAAACUGUACAAUUAUUUUUCUGAAAUCCUGAGCUAAGAUGAAGGACAUGUCACUCAAAAUUUACUUUUUACUUGGCCUAACUAUCACUGUUCCAAUACAAGCUGUGGAUAAAAAAACAGACUGCCCACAGUCAUGUUCCUGUGAGAUAAGACCGUGGUUUACUCCUAGAUCAAUAUACAUGGAAGCAUCAACAGUAGACUGCAAUGACGUAGGCCUUUCUGCUUUUCCACCUCAACUGCCUGCCAAUACACAGGUUCUACUUCUACAAGCAAAUCAUAUUAAAAAAAUUGAAUACCCUACAGAAUUUCCGGUAAACCUUACUGGUUUGGAUUUGUCCCAGAAUAGUUUAUCUACAGUGACUACUAUUGAACUUCAGAAGAUAACCCAACUUUUUUCAGUGUAUCUGGAGGAAAACAAACUUACAGAAUUGCCUGACAGAUGUUUCUUUGGACUUAAUAAUCUCCAAGAGCUUUACAUAAAUCACAAUCUGCUUUCUACAAUUGCAUCAGGAGCAUUCACAGGCCUUGAUAACCUUCUUAGGCUUCAUCUCAAUUCAAACAAUCUGCAACUCAUUAACAGCAAAUGGUUUGAAGCUAUUCCUAAUCUGGAAAUUCUUAUGAUUGGAGAAAAUCCAAUAAAUAGAAUUGAAGAUAUGAACUUUAAACCCCUUAUAAAUCUGAGGAGCCUGGUUUUAGCAGGCAUAAAUCUCACAGAAAUACCAGAUAAUGCCUUGGCUGGUCUUGACAAUUUAGAAAGCAUCUCUUUUUAUGACAACAGAUUAGUUAAAGUGCCCCACAGAGCUCUUCAAAAGGCUACAAAUCUUAAAUUUUUGGAUCUAAACAAAAACCCCAUUAACAGAAUACAAAGAGGGGAUUUUAGCAAUAUGAUACACCUGAAAGAAUUAGGAAUUAAUAAUAUGCCUGAACUGAUAUCUAUAGAUAACCUAGCUGUUGAAAAUUUGCCAGAUUUGAGGAAAAUAGAAGCAACCAAUAAUCCAAGAUUAUCAUAUAUACACCCUAAUGCAUUCUAUCAACUUCCACGGCUGGAAUCACUCAUGCUCAAUAGCAAUGCACUGAGUGCUCUGUACCACAGUACAAUUGAGUCUUUGCCCAAUCUCAAGGAAAUCAGCAUACACAGCAACCCAAUCCGCUGUGACUGUGUCAUUCGAUGGAUUAAUAUGAAUAAAACUAGCAUUAGAUUUAUGGAGCCAGAGUCAUUAUUUUGUGUAGAUCCUCCUGAAUUCCAAGGCCAGAAUGUGAGGAUGGUUCAUUUCAGGGAGAUGAUGGAAAUCUGUCUUCCACUGAUAGCCCCAGAAAGCUUUCCUACAAAUUUAAAUUUAGAAACAGGUAGCUAUGUUUCCUUACAUUGCCGAGCCACUGCAGUCCCAGAACCUGAAGUGUACUGGAUUACUCCAUCAGGACAUAAGCUUUUACCCAAUACUGUUUCCCUUAAAUAUUAUGUACAUUCAGAAGGAACAUUAGAGAUCAGUGAUAUAACACAAAAAGAAAGUGGUCUAUACACAUGCAUAGCAACUAAUUUAGUUGGUGCAGAUUUAAAAUCCAUUAUGAUUAAUGUGGAUGGUUCUUUCCCCCAGGAGAACCACAAAUCUUUCUCUAUAACAGUAGAAGAUGUACGCUACAAUUCCAUAUUACUAUCCUGGAAAGCAAAUUCCAAAAUUGUGAAAUCUAACAUCAGAUGGACUGCCUUUCCAAAAGACAGAAACUCCCUGACCUCUCAGAGUGUUCGAAUUCCAUCACACCAAAAGGCCUAUAAUUUUACACACCUUACCCCAUCAAUGGAAUAUAAAAUUUGUAUGGACAUCCCCACUAUCCGGCUGCAGAAUGCAAGACAAUGCAUCAAUGUUACCACAAAAGGAUUGGAUCCAGCAAUGAGCAAUUGUGAGAAGAACGGCAGCAGCAGCACUACAUUUCUUAUCUGCCUUGGUGUUCUUUUAGGAUUCUUUUGUGUUGCCGCCCUCUUCAGUUGCAUCUGUCAUGAAAUGAACUGUGAUGCAGGACACAGAUUUUUCAGGAAUUACCUGAAGAAACAAUCCUUUUCUUUCAGUGAGCUUUAUCCUCCUCUAAUCAGUCCUUGGGAUGCUGAUAAAGAAAAAAGCACAGCCCUUGAAGUGCAAGCCACAGUAAUAGAGGUUCCAACAAACAUGUCAUGAAAGUUAAUAUUAUUGAACUUUAUGCUUGAAAGUGGCAGCAUACAGGACUCUCUCUUCUGUUGUGCUCAGUUAUAAGGCGAAAAAGGAUUCCUUUAUGGAAACUUAGUGAUUACAAAUGGUGGUUACAAAUACAAAUAUUUACUGGUGUAGUAUUUUUUUUUUACAAAGGAAACACCUGUCUUUGGAAGUUCUGUACCAAUUAAACUGUUUUCUAAGACUUUAUAUGAGACUUUUUAGGUACUUCUAAGAGGUACUUAACGCUGUCUAAAUAGUCAAGUAGAUAAGAUUUUUUCUGUAUUUGUUGUUUUUUUAAUUACAUGUAGGAAUAGUGGAACUGAAUAAGGCCCUCCUCCUGUGUUGUAUGACACACUUAGCCACGAGUUUUUGCGUGAACAGAUACAACUAGAAUUGACCUGUGGUUUAUUGAAAUGAACAAAUUCUGUAGAGUAGCCACAGUGAGUAUGUGAAACUUUUUUAUGAUGAAAAAUACAAUUUUUGA